UUCUCAAUUCCCAACAAAAUCCAAAUCCAACACCGGCCACUGCCUCCUCUCCCACCACCACCACCUGCCCCCUCGCCGGUGACAUGCCACGGGCUCCGCCCACCGCCGCCGCGGCCUUCCCCACCUCCGCCGACGUCUCCAUCGCCGGCGCGCUGCUCUUCCUCGCCGACUCCUCGACCGCGCCGCCUCUCCCCACCCUCAGCGACGAGCUCUCCGCCUACUCGGCCUCCUCCUCCCACUCGGUGACCUCGGCGAGGUCGUGCGUGUCCGACUCCGCGCGGCGCGGCCGCCGCAUCGACCCCCUCCGCGUGCUCUACGUCGUCGCCUCCCUGCGCUGCAUCGACCCGAAGGUGCUGGCGAAGGCGACCAGUAAGCUGUUCCUGGGCGAGGCGCCGAAGAAGCGGAAGGGCGUGUGGAUCCAGACCAGCGACGACGAGGACGAGAGCGAGAGGGGCAGCACGGCGGCCAGCGAGGGGAGCGCCAUCACGGCCGCCGCGUCCGCCGGGUCCACGGCCACGUCGGGGAGAUGCAGACGGCCUCCGCGGGUGACUGGUGGUGGCGUGAAUAUGCCGGGGCGGGCGAAGAGGAUCAUGGAGUGGCUCUCGCGGCCCAAGGCGGUGCCAGCCACAGAGACGGCCAUCCGCGCCGCCGUCGGUGACACCGGCCAUACCAGCAAGGCGCUGCGCUGGCUGCUGACGCAGAAGAGAGGCUUGCGUCGUGCAGGUACUGGUGGCCACGCUGAUCCGUUUGUGUACAUGGUUGCAAGCUGACCUGGUGGCUGGUGAGGAUAACUUAGUUGUGUUAUUGCGAUGGAGUUGGCACAUGUAGAGCUAUUGGUCUAUGGAGAGGCCAAGUCAACUUCUGAGGGGUGCUUAGUAAUUUCUACUACCUAUUGUUUAAGUGCUCAAGUUUUGCCUAGCUUUCCUGCAGAUAAGAGGAUAGGGUAUAAAAUCAAGGUUUUCAUAUUAGCAAUAGCUUGCAAAGUAAUGCUAUUAAGCUCUUUGAUAGAAAGUUAAAAUGAUAGUCAUAUAGAUAGCAGUUAUAUAGUAAUGCAGUCAUUAUUCAUUUAUGUUGAAUCGGUAUAAUCCUUGCAAAAAUAAAGAGAAAGAACGGGUAUAGUCGAAUAUAUUGAGUUCAGUUCUGAUCCACAUUGGUUGCAGACUUUCAGUGAAUUGUUUAUAUGCCCUUUUCUGUG